UACUACGAACCAAACAAACCCUAGCGCUGGGUGAACGCGUUUUAAACGUGAUUAUUUCAUUGCAUAAUAGAUUUUUGAUGAGGCGGUGAAAGACUGAAAGGCAAAAUCUUUUUGAACAGACGAAGGAAAAAAACGCAGUGAUCACGAGCAGACAUGUAUCAUCCAACAAGAGGUGGCGUUCGUGGUGGUCGAGAUCAAUUCACUUGGGAGGAUGUGAAAGCUGAUAAGCAUAGGGAGAACUAUCUUGGUCACAGUAUCAAGGCUCCUGUUGGAAGAUGGCAGAAAGGGAAAGAUCUUUUCUGGUAUACCAGGGAUAAAAAGUCCCAAAAUGCAGAAAUGGAGGCUGCAAAAGAAGAGAUAAAAAGAAUUAAGGAAGAAGAGGAGCAGGCAAUGAGGGAAGCUCUUGGCUUAGCUCCCAAGCGUUCUAACCGUCCUCAAGGUAACCGUCUUGAUAAACAUGAGUUUUCAGAACUGGUAAAGAGGGGGUCUACAGCAGAGGACGUAGGUGCAGGUCAUGCUGAAGCAGCAAGGGUUCAAGGUCUUGGUUUUGCAAGAGAACCACGCCCUUGGGAAGAACCUGGUUCUUCAAAGCCUUCACUCGGUGAUACACGUGAUACACCAGCUGAGGAGGAAAAUGUAUCUUUGCCAAGUCAACCAGCAAUGAAGACUGCAGAUGAUUCAGAAGAUGAAAGUAGAAGAAAGAGAAGACGUGAAGAGAGGAAGGAGGAGAAACGUGAAAAGCGUGAGAAGCAUCAUUCUCGCGAGGAUAGGAAGCAAGAGAAACGAGAGAAACAUGAGAGGGGGCAUUCUCGUGAUUCAGAUGGCAGGAAGAGACACAAGAAAGAUAAGGAGAGGAGAAGACAUGAUUCAGAUUGAAUAUACUCUAUGGGGGAUUUUCUUAUCUAUUGUGAAAUAGCAUGUUUAUUUCUAUUUUCAUAACUUAAUAUGGAUGCUGUACCUUGGUAAUUGACCGUCCUAAAUGUCUGCACGUUUGUCCUAACAAUCAGGCAUUCUCAUGUGUUAUUUUAAAUUUUGGAAUUCGUGAAGUGAAAUGAAGCCAAUUACGCUUAGAAA